UUGCUGGCUGCUAACAAGCCUUGAGCCCCAAUGCCGUCCCCACCAGCAUGCAUUUCAGAGCCAGUCUGCCAAGGAAAUAGUUCUAGCACACUCCUUGGGCCAUCUGGGAAGGAGUUUAGCAACAGAGCCCACACUCUGGGGAUGGGAGAAUUUAGCCCCACUCGUGCAGUGGGGAACAAGAGGCUCAUCUGGCUGAGCAAAUGACCCUAUUCUUCAGGGGUGAUGGUUGGGGUGGCAUCACCUUGAAAAGGUAACAUCUGAUUGGCAUUACAAAAGGUGGUGGUAAGCCAUGCAGAGGCACAGUAUGGCAACGGCUGAACCUCUGGACAAGCAAAUGCUUCAUCUGAAGAAGCUCAAGAGAUGAUGGGUCCAGCACAGUGGUGAUGGUACUGCUGGAGAAGAAAAGCUAGGUGGUAAUUUGUGGCCGUUGUCUUCUGCUGGAAGUGAAAAUCAGGGGAAAGGAAGAGAUGAGAACCAUCAGCUGGAACAGGGUUCAGCGGACAUGGAAUCGAAUGAGGCUGAACAGAUCUCCUACAGCUGGGUGCUGCUUCUUGCUUGCCUUGUCUGUGAUUGCUCUUACUAGUUUCUCUCCUGCAUCCCUGAACAGUUACAAGAAGUCUAAUUUCCAGUUUUUACCUGGAGAUGAGCCACACAAGAGAGCUGCUCCUGCUAAGCGGGUGUGGAUAAACCCUACCCCCUCCAUUGCUCAGCAGGCAUGGCACUUCAGCAAGAGAAAGUGGACCAACUUUUUGAAAAGACAAGCCCUACCAAAUCCCAGCUCUGUCUGCAAACAAAGGAGAAGGCCAAACAACCAGGGUGGGCCAGAUCACAGGGGUUUACAAGAAAGGAGGAAGGAUAAUGGGCAGCUUAGAAAAGAUAACACUGCAUCAAAAAGCUCUGAACACAGCCAGCUAUUCCAACACAAAGACUAUCCCUCCAGGACUAACUACAAAAAGAAUAGAGAGUUUGGGGCUUUUACUCUAAAGAAUGCAAGGAAAGAUGCUAGUUUCUCCCCCCACUGGAGAAAUGGGAAGGAAGUGGAUUGGAACCCACGGAGUCCUGUGGCCUUUUUCUCUUCUCCUUUGAGAGAUGGAAAGCUUGGAUCUCUUUUGUUGCUUCAUAAUACCUCCGCAAGCCAGCUCACUGCACCACAGGAGCCAUGUAAAACAGAUGUGCAGACAGCUGGCACUGAAUGCCAACCCUCAGAUUUGAUCAAAGGUGUUAUCUCAGGCAAGCAGCCCUUCCAGAGCACAACAGGGGCUUGGGGAUGGAUGGAUAAAUCUCACAUGUGGAAUCCACAGGAUGUAGAAAGGCUGCAGAAAUCAGGGUGGUGCCAAAAGCCUCAAGAUUAUGGCCACUUUGGAAAAAAGGCAGGCAGAUUGAGGUUUCCUGACAAGAUGCUUCCGUGGUUUACUUUGGAUGAUGUGCUUAAAAUGAAGUUUUUGGCCAAUGGUACAGUGGUAAACAAAGAGAGAAUCCCUGCUCAUGGGCAAAUACUUAAAGUUGCUCUUUCAUCCAAGCAAGACGUCCAUUCACAUGACUCCAAAAGUCCCUGUUUGGAGGGGCUCUGUGGUUUAAUCAAAAGGCCCACUGACCUCUAUGAGGUUCUGGCUUUUCACUUGGACAGAGUGUUAGGGCUCCAUCGGAGCCUACCUGUGGUGGCCAGGAAAUUUAACAGUCCCUUGCUACCCUACAAGUACACCAAUGGUGCCCCUCGGCCCAUUGUAUGGUGGGUACCUGAUAUACAACACCUGAACGAUUCCAAUAAUGACCAGAACUCUUUUGCUCUAGGAUGGGAGCAGUAUCAGGUGUUACUGAAGCAACAAUGUGGCAUGGAAGGUUCUGGAACAUCACUUGGGAAACCCCCAUGUUUGACUGUCCUCCAUUCAGAAUGGGCCAGACUGGCACUCUUUGAUUUUCUGCUACAGGUCCAUGACCGCCUGGAUCGAUAUUGCUGUGGUUUUCAGCCAGAUCCUUCUGAGCCCUGUGUUCAGGAAAUGCUCCAUGAGAAAUGCCGAAACCCCACAGAGCUGAUUUUGGUCCAUAUCUUGAUCCGGAGGAGCCAGCCUUCCCACUUGGUAUUUAUUGACAAUGCAGGCAGGCCUCUCCAUCCAGAAGCUAAACUUAAUUUCAGGCUUUUGCAAGGCAUAGAUGGGUUUCCCAAGACAGCUGUGACUGUGCUGAAGUCAGGAUGCUUACAAAAUCUUCUUUUACAAUCACUGUAUGUCGAUGAGGAAUUCUGGGAAAACCAGGGUGGAUCUGAAGGACUUAAACAAUGGCUUCAUACCAUUGACAGGAGAGGGCAAAUUUUGCUUCAGUAUAUUCAAGAGCACAACUUGACUGUCAUUGAAGACUCCUUGCUUUAGACUUUGGCCAUAAAGGUGACAGAAUCACUUGACUGAAAGGAACAUUGGGCCCUGUAGAUAAAAAGACUUCAGCACUAAGACACCGACAAAUACACCCAGCAUUUGAUUUCUUUCAUAUGUGAAUCCAGAAAUAAAAAUAAACAUGAUAUAAUUGUCUGACUGCCCAUAGGUUUGUUGCAUGUUUAUUCACAUUCAUAAUGCACAGAAAAUGUUUUUUUGCCUGUAUAAACACACACAGAGACACACAAAAUUAUUUUUGCAGAAUAAGUCCUGAAUUGCAAAGAUUUUUGCCACUUCAAGAUUCUUCUGAUUUUCAAGAAACAUGUUUUCAACCAUUUUUCAAUUUUUUAAAAUCUGUACCAGUCCUUCAUCAGAGCCUAGAGCAUUUAUGAUUCUAUACUACCACUUCCAGAGUCUCCCAGCCAGCAUGGUUACUCUGGGAGGAGUCAUUCAAAAAGGUAACAUUUACAAACUCUAAGAUUUGUAAUGAAUGGUUACUGUGAGGAUGACCUGUUCCUGCCUUCUGUGAAGAUUGCUGGCUCUAACACUUGUCAUCUUCUUGCCACAUGCAUCCUAGUCCUUUACUCCCAGCCACCAUUAAUGCCCUGGUCACAGGAUGUACACAUAGGCCUCAUUCUCACUUACAAAUAAAUCACUUUGUGAUCCGA